AUGGCCACAGGAAUCGAGCUGAAGGACCGUGCGCCGUCGCAUACGGACUCGUCGCCAUCGCGCGGGAAGGCACCAGCGUAUACCAUGGCCGAAACGGAUCGGAAUGGCUUCGGACACGCAGAGUCGAGCAGUCGUCCGGCACCACGGGACUCUGGUGGGGCACACCUAAUCAAGGUGCAGCCGCUCAAAAGGGAGGAGAUGCAGCCCUCAUAUGCACAAGACCUCGGCGUCGACACGGUCACCCACGGCCUCUACGGCUCGCUGCUUCAAUGGGCGGGGUCGAUCUUUGGCGUGUGCGGCAUGGUGCCGUGCUGCCCCGUCCCCAAUCCGUUCCGCGAGGUCCAGCAGGGCAAGUCGAAGCGAGACUGUAUUGCGAAGGGUGCUCACGGGAUCGAUGACAGGCUCUGUGGGGCUUGUAUCGCGGUUCGGACAGUUCUACAAGGUUCUGUCGACCCCGGACUUGUCCAGCUUAACAUAUGCACGGAGAGCUUACAGGUGGUCGAUGUAAAGAUCCAAAUCAUACCCAUUGGUCGCCAAAGUGUCAUCACUCGAGACAACGUAAAUGUUGAAAUCGACUCCGUGGUGUACUACCAAAUCAACAACCCGUACCGCUCCGCCUUCGGCAUUUCUGACUUGCGCAAGGCGCUAAUCGAGCGCGCACAGACCACCCUCCGGCAGGUUGUCGGUGCGCGGGUGGUCCAGUCCGUCGUGACCGAGCGCGAGGCGAUCGCCUUUGAGAUCGCCGAAAUCGUCGCAGACGUCGCCGAAAAAUGGGGCGUGCACAUCGAGGGCAUCCUCAUCAAGGACAUCAUCUUCUCGCCCGAGGUCGCCGCGAGCCUCAGCAGCGCCGCGCAGCAGAAGCGCAUCGGCGAGAGCAAGGUCAUCGCGGCAAGAGCGGAGGUGGACGCCGCGAAGCUGAUGCGCCAGGCGGCGGACAUCCUGGCGAGCCCGGCGGCGAUGCAGAUUCGGCAACUCGAGGCGUUGCAAUCGAUGGCGAAGACCGCACAGGCGAAGACUAUCUUCGUGCCGAUGCAGCUCCAGAGCGAUGUCAUCUCCAAGCUCAAUGUCGAUGGGUCCACCGCUGGCCGAGGCGACGGCGGGGAGGGCACAUCCGGUCAACUGUAG